AUGAAGACUUUGCAACUCUCAGCUCUUGUCGCUGGACUUUCUGUCCUUGUCUCUGCUGAGGCUGUUCCAAAGACUCCUCAAGUCUUUGCGCACCCUAAGGAGCCGAGCAACUUCAAACCUGGCCCUUCGAACAGACCUCAUGGUAGGGUUUGCAAGGUCACUCCAGAUGUAACAGAUGCUGGACCAGCUAUACUCGCUGCAGCACACAAAUGCAACCGUGGAGGCACCGUCUUCUUGCCAUCUGGCGAUUUCGUGAUUGCAACAGCCCUGGAUCUAACAUUCCUUGACGACGUGGAUUUUGCUAUCUGGGGCAAUAUCACCUUCAAGCAAGAUAUCGAUCUUUGGCCCACUCAGGCGUUCCAGUAUACUUAUCAAAGCGCGAGCAUGUUUUGGCGCUUUGGGGGUAAGAAUGUGAACAUCUACGGUGAUGGAAAGGGUGUCAUCGAUGGAGCCGGGCAGUUCUGGUGGAGUGCCAUGGCCAAGAAUUCGAGCGUUAUGCGUCCUUGUCUACUAGGCACAGACGGUCUUCACCACGCUACUAUUUCGGGACUCAAGAUGCUCAACCCACCUGGGUGGUUCAACCUGAUCUCGAACUCAACUGACGUCCUCGUGAGCGAUAUGACCAUGCUUGUUGGUAGCCAGCUGACUGGGGCCCCAGCAAAGAACACGGACGGCUGGGAUAUCUAUCGAAGCUCAAACAUAGUCAUUCAGAACUCGGUAAUCGUCAAUACAGAUGAUUGUGUCUCAUUCAAGCCCAACUCUACUCAAGUGGUUGUUCAGGGCCUCGACUGCACCGGAUCACACGGCAUCUCCGUCGGCAGCCUUGGACAAUACCAAGGCGAAACGGACCUCGUCGAAGAUCUUUACAUCUACAACAUCACCAUGACAAAUGCUGGAGACUUUGCCAGAAUCAAGGUGUGGCCCGGAGUUCCUCCUAACGUCACAGGCUCUACGAGUGGUGGCGGACUCGGCCUUGUCCGCAACGUGACCUAUGAAAACAUGCACAGUGUGAACAACGACCAUGUUAUUUCUGUCUCACAGUGCUAUUAUGCCAAGAGUCAAGAUGCCUGCAACCAGUAUCCGUCCAAAUUGGUCAUUGAGGACAUUUUGUUCAAAGAUUUCCAAGGAACCACCUCGAAAAAGUAUGACCCAAAGAUUGGCGACUUAACUUGCAGUAGCCCUGAUGUCUGUCACAAUAUCGAGGUUGUGAACAUUAACGUGACACCCCCGAGCGGUAAGGCGGCUGUCUUCAACUGUGUCAACAUGCAAGGCUCCAACCUGAGGAAUAUUACAUGUGCUUGA